AGCGCGGUGUGUAAUUACGCGAGAGCAGUCCGCGACGCUGUGCUUCUUGGAACUCCCGAGUGUUGUUGUCCCCUGCGAGGGGUGUAUCCUAGCGUGUAUAUACGCCGGCUCUCGCUCUCUCUCUCUCUCUCGCGCUCUCUCGCUUCACGACGUCGUUCCGCUUGGCCGACGACGCGCACCUGCUGACAUCCUCCGCUGCACUGUUUUCUUCUUCUUCGUCCACUCGAGAGAGUUAAGUUUUUUCCACUCGGCGAGAUGCGAGGGAAGAUGUGUCUACAACUCGGAUGUUUACGCGCAAAGAGAUGACUCGACCGGCGACGCACUGCGGAGCUGUUCUUUGUUUUCGGCGGCGAGCUCCGUCCUGCUCUCUCGCGCGCCCCCGCAGUUGCUGCUGGUACUUAUGGCUGCACUUGCGCCUGCAGAUGCGGGCAGUGUAUACCGUACGAGUGCGGAGUGACAGCGACAGACAGUCUCGAUCUGGGGAAAUGUAGCGCUGAUGCUCGUUCAGGCUGACAACUAUAUCGCGAGGAUGGAACUAGAUCGCGGGGACAUUUGCGCGGGCUGACGUCAUUAUUUUUGCUGCACGUGUACACACGUAUAUGGGGGAUAUGCACUUUAAUCGCUAUAUGGAUUUUUUUUCCUCGAGCAGACGACAUAGGAUAAGAGACGUUUUUUCGUUGUUUAUUCGCAUGGAGAAUCGAUCGAUCGUAUUGCGAUGACCUUAGAAAAAUCGAAAAUUAACUCUCCGAUUCAUUCUUUAUAACUCAUAGAAAUGUAAUAAUAAUUAAAAGUCUGUUAAGGGUCCGCUAAAAUUUAAAUCGAACAAAGACAUUUACGCUUUCUUUCGACUGUGCUGUGCAUUCUUACUUGCCAAGCCGCACUCUGAUAGGUCGAUUCUCCUCGAUUGAGCCAAUCGUUAGAACACACAGGUACUAUCGCGCCCUUACUUUAACUACCCCCUGGCCCCUCAGUGUAGAAAGUCUCUCAGGGGUAGGAAGGCUGUAAAGAAGUAUAAAAACCGACCGCGACGUGACACCGCGACAAUCGAGCGCUCGGCGCUCGGCCGACGCGAUAAGGUGUCCUGGACUAGAACCGGACGCGAUUAAACAAAAUUUAUCUCACUCACCGUUCGUUAAGUGUAUACCAGCAGCGGAGAAGAGAAGCGUGUGUGCAUCAUACAUAUGACGCGUCUAACGCGACAGCUGCUUGCCCUGAAGAAGGAUUAACCCUCAUCUUUCGGGGGUGUAUUCGCUUCGUCGUUGUUUCUUCGAGAAGAGGAACGUCGUCAUGAACGGGGUGCUGGACAAGAGGAAGGGAGGUUCACCCCUGCACAGGGGAGAAACGACGCAGAUGUCGGAGUCACAGGAGCUGAUCCUGAAGAAAAAGCUACAGAUCAAGACACAAGCCCUGAUGAUGCUCAGCCAGGAGCUGGAUCAAUGCAGGAUGCAGAGAGACAGAUGUAAACUCAUGGCCGAGGAGAUGCAGGAAGAUCUGAGCAGGCGGAAACAGGUAGCUGAUCAGAAGACGGUCAACGGAUACAGAAACCUAGUGGAGCUGCCAAGCAAGGCUAACACCCUGGAGGAGGAUACGAAAAUAAUGGACCUACUUAUAGAAGCCAGAGAGCAAAACAAGUGCCUUCGAUUACAAGUGGACACGCUGAGGCAGAAGUACAAGGAGGCCCAGGAGGACAUCAAAGCUCUGCGCUCAAGGAGAAUGGAGGAGCCAAAGCCUUUGAGCGAAAUCACUCCGGCGCUGCAUCAGAGGGAGGAGAUGAUUGAGCAGCUGGAGAAGAUGAAUGUCAAGUGCAGGCAGUUGAAGCUGGACCUGCAAUCUGUGCUGGAUGAGAAGCAGGAGCUGGAAUUGGAGAGAGAUGCCUUCAAAUGUAAGGCUCAUAGACUGAAUCACGAACUGUCUCAGGCACUAAGUGCAUCUAGGCCUGUGGAUGUCGACGCACUGAUCAAUGAGAACCGGUACUUGCAAGAAAGGCUUCAGCAGUUACUGGAGGAAAAGGAACUGGCCCAACAGUCUGUUCAAAAAUACAAGAGUAUGCUGGAUAGCAAGAGACAAAAAGGUGUAAUAAAAUUAGGGGGCAAAUCUUCCGUAGGCUCUGUAAUGAACUUCAAACAAGUGGAACAAUUACUGCAACAAGGACCAAACAUUCCACCCCAAAAAUCAGCUGCUGCAUUAUCAGAACUCCAUAGUCUCUGCACUGCCCUUCUAGAGGCUUUGAACGAUAAAAACCUAGCUCUGGCGCAUCAGAAAAAAGCAAACAAAAUUCUUGCCGCGAGAAUGUGUGAAUUGGACAGGGCGGUGCAAUCUCCAACAGUCAAACUGUUAGAAGGAUAUUCGAGUGCCGACGUAGAUAUAAGAUGUGACUCGACUAGCGUAACGUCCGACAUAUCAGAAGAAAGAUCUGAAGACAAGGAGUCUGACUUACAAUGUGAUGAAAGUUUUAUCGAUCGAGACGCAAAGAGCAAACAAUCUGACGAAAGUAGUGUUGAGCAAAGUGUCAAGAGUAAGCUAGACGAUGAAUGCUGCAUCCAAGAGACUGUCAAAAGUAGAGCCGAACUCGAUGACGAGAGUCACGUUGUUCUGGACGUCGAAAGUAACUUCAAGUCAGUUGGAUAUCGAGACGGGACUCGAGCGUCGAAAUUCAAAAAGAUUGAUCUCGAAGAAACAUUACAGACGAAGCUUCCUGAACACUUGAGACUUAUCGUACAAAAUCACCUCGAUGAGUUGAAAGCCAAAGACCCAGUUGGAUCUUGAGGAAAGGCGUUUCCUUUAUUUUAAGGUUUCCUAAAACUCUAGUCUUCAAUGACGCGCGAUGAUCUGCCGUUGAAAGGAUUUUUUUAUACAGCAUUUUUAAGGCUAUUAAACGAUUAAGUAUUAAUAAAAAAAAUUAUUUAUGAAUUGUUAAA